CAUUCAGGAGAGAGACCAUAUCACUGUGAUAUCUGUGGUCAAUCAUUCUCACAAAAUAGUGACUUAACUAAACACAGACGUCUUCAUUCAGGCGAAAGACCGUAUCACUGUGAUAUCUGUGGUAAAUCAUUCUCACAAAAUAGUGACUUAACUAAACACAGACGUCUUCAUUCAGGCGAAAGACCGUAUCACUGUGAUAUCUGUGGUAAAUCAUUCUCACAAAAUAGUGACUUAACUAAACACAGACGUCUUCAUUCAGGAGAGAGACCAUAUCACUGUGAUAUCUGUGGUAAAUCAUUCUCACAAAAUAGUGACUUAACUAAACACAGACGUCUUCAUACAGGAGAGAGACCAUAUCACUGUGAUAUCUGUGGUAAAUCAUUCUCACAAAAUAGUGACUUAACUAAACACAGACGUCUUCAUUCAGGCGAAAGACCGUAUCACUGUGAUAUCUGUGGUAAAUCAUUCUCACAAAAUAGUGACUUAACUAAACACAGACGUCUUCAUUCAGGCGAAAGACCGUAUCACUGUGAUAUCUGUGGUAAAUCAUUCUCACAAAAUAGUGACUUAACUAAACACAGACGUCUUCAUUCAGGAGAGAGACCAUAUCACUGUGAUAUCUGUGGUAAAUCAUUCACUAAAUGUAGUAAUUUAACUGCACACAAAUGUAUUCAGAGAGAAGAGAAAGGAAAAGACUAAUUUCUAAUUGUUUCUUCGGUUCUUUUUCUUAAUAUUCCUGUUUUUCAUGUAAUGGAAAUUACAAUUCUGAAAAUAAAGAUUUUCCCAAAAUU